AUGGCUCUUCCUAGUGCGAAAUUUGCGGCAGUCUUCGACGCCCUCCCUCGCGAUGUACAGGAUACCAUUGUACAGAAGCAAUUGAUCCCUCUUUUGGACUCAACGAGCCAGAGCAAAAAGAGGAAGAUUCUCAAAAGCGCCUCCAGGAUGAAGCGACGGCACGCGAACAUUCCUGUUCUCGACAUUAAGGCCAAGAAGCGAGAAGUCAACUCCCUCCUCGACGAGCUCCAUCGCGACUCCAAGCGGUCUUUCAUCAAGGAGCGCUCACAUCGCGCAGAGCUCCUCGAGGAGACGGUUGAGAGCGUGACAUCCUGGCUCAACGACAUCUGGAGGGUCGUUUACGAGCAUAACGUCGACUUUAUGCUCGCGCAUCGAUGUCUGCUGUUCACCGUGAACACCCUCUAUCAAGUGGGACACGGGCGUGCGAGCUGUCGUUGCGCCUUUUCCAGCAUGUAUGUUCCGAUCGCGCUCAAGACCCGAACAUCCAAGGUCAUCAAAUCUUGGAAUGUCAACGGGGCGCAUAACAUCGACGAAGUACUUCACUUCAUAUGGCGCGACCUCUUCCUCAGUCUCCUGGCCACGGGAAACCAACGCUUCAUCAGCAAGAUCCCGGAGAUGCUUGAUGAGAUUGAGGAUGUUUUGGGAUGGACGGCUUUGGAGCGGCUGUUGUAUGGUGGUCGGAAAUGUCCCCACGAUGUCGAUGAUCCGGAUGAGAUUUUUGAAGACUCGUACUCCGACGAGGACGAUGAGGACGCCUACACGGACGAAGACAGCGACCUGGACGAUCCGGUCAAUGGGCUGGACAACUGGUUGCCGUAUCCAAUCCAGCCUAAGUCAUCACCCUCUCAUGCGAAGCAUUGGUCCCCCCGCAUCAGCAUGAAGAUGCCUCAGUUUCGACAACAUGUUCAUGCUGCUAUGAUGACUGUGUUCAAGGUCAACCCCUCCCUCCGCCUGUACUCUUCGCUCGUUGCAAGCUCCAAUGACCCCGACACCACUUCCUCCGAGCUCAUGCGUUGGCUCGCCGACUAUGCUACAUCUUGCCCAGAAGCCUUCGCCGCCGCGAUUGACAUCCACUCGUUGGAAGGCAACCGUGCCCAACUCAUCUCACUACUGAAUACCCAUUCCCACCUCCUACGCCCCCGCGACGCUGUGGCCUUUCAAGGUGCCAUCCUUUCCCUCGCCAAUGAUCCUGUGCAUCAACCCCGCGCGCUGGAGAUGGUAGAGAAGGAGAUGCUAGACACUGCGCGGGCCGUACGGGCUGCGCUGUCGGGCCCUUUCGCCCUUGUCGACAUGCAGGAGAACCGCGUCGAACUCGAGGCGAUCCUCAAGCUCCGGUCUUCCGCACCUGGCCGCCAAGAUCGCAUCGAGCAUUGGGUUGACAACAUCUCGACUCCGGGCGCCCAGCACGCCAACCCUCUUGCGCUCGCGGCUAUGGUCAUGGGCAUGUUCGUCCCGGCCCUCGAUGGUACAGAUGAUGGGGACAUGCUAGGGUAUCUAGACAUCGACCCGAACGACCCCGACACCGAAGAUCUCCGCGACGAGUUCCGUCCUCGACUGAAGCAGCGCUUCGAAGGCUGGGCAGACACUGCAGUACAACUUCCGGGCGGUCCGCAAGUCGCGCUGAAGGUGUACAAGGAGCUCGUCAAGACCAUGCCGUGGCUACGCGCCGCGGACGUCGUCGAGGAGAUGGCGGGCCGUCUCGCGGACAAGCCCAGCAAGCAGUACCUCGUCGACGCCAUGGACGCCCUCUGCGCCUUCGCCAAGGUCCAGCGCCGCAAGCUCUCCGCGUCCCGGGCAGAGAAGAAGCGCGCCGCGCCCGCGACUUCCGCGACCGCCUCCACCUCCACCACCCCCGGCACCGCGACGCCGCUCACCAUGCCCACCGCCGCGGUCUUCGACCCCCUCCUCAACCCCGCCGGCGGACCCUUCCCCGUCACCGUGGAGGACGACCGCGCGGAAACCCCGCCGCCGCCUCUCGAGCCCGUCACCCCGACGCAGGGGACCGCGCCGCUGCCGCAGGCGUUCGCGCCGCCGCCGCCGCCGGCCCCCGCGCAUGCACAUGCACAUGCACCCCAGCCCAUCGCCGCGGUGCCUGCAGGGCUCUUCGGGUUCUACGCGGGGCUGUUCAACGGCCCGCCGCCGCCUCAGGAUGGGUUCUUCGGCUGGCAGCCCGAUGGGAUGGACGACGUAGACUGA